UCUCCCUGUGGCUGGGUUUUGGGAAGAUGGCGAAGGUCUCAGAGCUGUACGAUGUCACUUGGGAAGAAAUGAGAGAUAAAAUGAGAAAAUGGAGAGAAGAAAACUCACGAAAUAGUGAGCAAAUUGUAGAAGUUGGAGAAGAAUUAAUUAAUGAAUAUGCAUCUAAGCUUGGAGAUGAUAUUUGGAUCAUAUAUGAACAGGUGAUGAUUGCAGCGCUAGACUAUGGUCGGGAUGACUUGGCAUUGUUUUGUCUUCAAGAGUUAAGAAGACAGUUCCCUGGUAGUCACAGAGUCAAGAGAUUAACAGGCAUGAGAUUUGAAGCAAUGGAAAGAUAUGAUGAUGCUAUACAGCUAUAUGAUCGAAUUUUACAAGAAGAUCCAACUAACACUGCUGCAAGAAAGCGUAAGAUUGCCAUUCGAAAAGCCCAGGGGAAAAAUGUGGAGGCCAUUCGGGAACUGAAUGAGUAUCUGGAACAAUUUGUUGGAGACCAAGAAGCCUGGCAUGAACUUGCAGAACUCUAUAUCAAUGAACAUGACUAUGCAAAGGCAGCCUUUUGUUUGGAGGAGCUUAUGAUGACUAAUCCACACAACCACUUAUAUUGUCAGCAGUAUGCUGAAGUUAAAUAUACCCAAGGUGGACUUGAAAACCUCGAACUUUCAAGAAAGUACUUUGCACAGGCAUUGAAACUGAACAACAGAAAUAUGAGAGCUUUGUUUGGGCUUUACAUGUCAGCAAGUCAUAUUGCUUCUAAUCCAAAAGCAAGUGCAAAAAUGAAAAAGGACAACAUGAAAUAUGCUAGUUGGGCAGCUAGUCAAAUAAACAGAGCUUAUCAGUUUGCAGGUCGAAGUAAGAAAGAAAGCAAAUACUCUCUGAAGGCAGUCGAAGACAUGUUGGAAACACUGCAGAUCACCCAGUCUUAAGCAGGAUACCUGGAGGUGUAGCAGCCAUCUUACAGCCGCGUCGUGGCAAAUGUGAGAAUGAAGGUUAUGUUUCAAAGGUAGAAACUGAAGAGAGAGGAGCCUGGGUCCCUCAUGGCAUUGUUAAGCUGUUGUACCAGCAUGAGCAAGUGCCAAGCUCUGCACUUACUAUUACAAGAUAAAAAAGAAACUGUUUAAGACCAUCCUGUUACUACAGGCAUGGAUUGAUUGAUUGAUUGAGACAUGGUUUUGGUCUGUCACUGGGCUGGAGUAUAGUGGUGUCAUCCUAGAUCACUGCAACUUCAAACUUCUGGGCUCAAGCAGUCCUCCUGCCUCCCGAGUAGUAGGAACUACAGGCACAUGCAACCACAUCUGGCUCAUUUCUUUACUUUUUGUAGAGACAGGGUCUCACUAUGUUCCUCCAGCUGGUCUUAAGCUCCUGGCCUCAAGUGAUCCUCCUCACUUGGCCUUCCAGAGAGCUAGGAGUAUAGGUGUAAGCCACCACAACCAGCCCAUGUAUCUCUGACCACUAUGUCCACCAUUCACCUUUUUUUUAACAUGCAUAAUUCUUAUUAUAGAUGCGUCUCAAAUGCUAUUUUAGAAUCUAAUUGUUUAAGCAAGUAAAUAAUUACAUACUAAAAAAGAAGUAAUAUCUUAUUGCUCAUUGCCCAGCAUUUAGCAAUCUAAGCUAGUAAAGGUGAAAAAGAGGCAUAUUUAUACAGCUUUAACUAUAACAUUAAUUUGGGGGCAGAGGAGAAUAUAGGUAAAACAGAAAAGGAAGACCCAUGUUUUAGUAUACUGCAAACAUACAGUUCAACUUUUGAUUGGUAAAUAUUUCAAAGAAUCUUUCUCUUCUUAUACUAUAGCCCACUUAAUCUCAAAGUAACUUUGUGGUACUUCAUUUCAUAGAGCUAUUGGACUUUAGAAGGGACUUUGGAGAUGAUUUACUCCAUUUUAAAAUGAAGAAUCUGAGGUUCAGGGAAAUUAUCCUGUGACAGCAGGAGCUGGGACCACAAUGUCAAGGGUUCCCAAGUGAGUGCUCUUUCUCAUAACUUCUGGUACAUGUGUCUAUCCUGUGACAUGUUGUUGCCAUUUUAGAGUGACAAAAAUAAGAGCCAGAUAUAUUCAGGGGUUAAAGUUUGUUAGCAGAGGAAGGAUGAGAAUUUAUAUCUUCUGAUUCCUGAAACAAUAUUUUAAUUGAAUAAAAAAGUCAAAAUUUUAUUUUAAGUUAAAUUAAAUUUAAAUUCAAUUACCUAUUUAAGAUGUGAUUUCAUUUAUAAUCAGUAUGACAACUAUUUGAAAAUAUUUGCAACUAUUUCAAACCUCUUUCACAUUGAACCUUUGCUGAGCCUGCCCUAUCUUUCGUCUCACUCCCAGCAGUUAAUUUCUUCUUGUGAGCAGAAUUGUAUUUCACUAAAACUCUUAUGUUGAAAUCCUGACUCUCCGUACUUAAGAUUGUGAUCAGAUGGGUUCAUUAACAAGUCAGUUAAGUUUAAAUAAGGUCAUUAAUAUGGGCCCUAAUUCCCUAUAACCAGUAUUCUCAUAACAUGAGGGCCAGGCACACAGAGAGACGAAGGAUCAUGUGAAGACUCAAAGAGAAGACGGCAGCUAUAAGCCAAGGAGGGGGUCCUCGGGGAAAAAAAAAAAUCCUGGUGAUAACUUUAUCUCAAACUUCUAGCCUCUACAGUGGUGAGAAAAUACAUUUUUGUUGUUCCAGUUACCCAGUGUUGGGAACUUUGUUAUGGCAGCCCUAGCAAGCCAAUACACCUCUCUUACCAUUUCAAAGAGAAAAGAGAGAUCACCAGGUAAAAAACAUAUCCUGUGUCACACAUGUCGAUUUCAGUUCCCAACUUUCAUCUCCUCUUCUUCAACAGUAAAAGAAAGUAGUCUAUGCUUUUCUGAGCUAUCUUCUAAGCCUGUCCCUCAUUUUCUUUUUAGCCAUACUUUAGUUUCAUGAAUUCACCCUUACUCCCUUCUACCCCAAAGCAUUCUGCUUUUCCCAAAACCUCACAUCAUCCCUUUCUUCACACCUAUCCUUAAACUGUUUCUUCAUCAUCUUUUCUUCCAUUUGAACUAGAUUCUUCCUACUAAUACUAAAAUAUGCUCAAGUCACUACCACGUUUCCAAAUAACCUCCCUCAUUUCCUCAAGCCUCCUCCCUCUACUAACCCAUUUUUCCUUUUUCACUGCCAGAUUUCUUUGUCUAAACUUAUAUCCUUUUUUACUAUCUCAUUCUUUAAAUAUGUCCAUUGUACCUUUGAGACAGUUCAGUAACACAUCACUAAUCUAAUGAGUGUUACCACGGCCAUGUCCCAUCUAUUUUAUGUAGUGUUACACCUCUCUGCUCUGUCCAUCUCUCUCUAGCUCCUGGACUGCUGCAGUAGCCUACAUUUCUUGCAGCCUCUCUUCCCCUCAGUCUGUUCUCCACUGCAGCAGAAUGUUACUAGACAUCAUGGAUAAUGCCAUUUUGCUUCUCGUUCUCCCAACCUCCUCUGGUGAAACUCUUCUGUUUUUCAUUUCUUUGCUGUUAACAUAACUAUCAAGGCUCUGUAUAGUGUCAGAACUAGGAGGAAGAUUCAGAUUUCCUUGAUUGUAAACCAUCAUUCGCUACUCUCCCCCUCUGAAUUCAGUUGCACUUAAAUAUCAUGAAGUUGUUAUGCUUCCUUUUCUACCAUGUUUGUACUCAUUGCCUUUGUACAGAGCAAAGCCUUUCCUGAUUCUUCUUUCAAAUAACUAAGGUCAGGCCCUUUGGCCAUACAUCUUUAUCUCUCUCUCCCUCUUUUUUUUUUUUUUUUUUUUUUUGCCUAUUUGUAAUUUGGUUUAUAACAUUGCAUUUCUAUAUACUUUAAAGACACAUGAGAAGAUAUAAACACAGUACAUUGUCCAAGUAGGUGAUGAUAUUCCAGUAGUACUGUUAGCUGCGGUACAGACCUUACUCAGAUUUUAUUAUUUUUAUAUGUCUUUUCCCUGUUUAUGAAAUGUUAUCAUAUGCUUAGGUUCAUGUUACCAUUAUCAUGAUCAGGAUGCGGAUCUUUACACCAUUACAGAGAAACUCCCUCUUGCUACUCCUUGAAGUUGUGCCCUCACCUAAUCCUACUGCCUGGUAUUCACUGAUUUGUUCUCCUUAAGUAUAGUUUUGUCACUUAAGAGUGUUGUUACACAUCUAUGAAUGGAAUCAUAAAGUGUAUAACCCUGACUCAGCUUACUGGCCUUUAGAGCCUUCCUGUUUGUUUAGCGGUUUGUUCAUUCUGUUGAUAAGUAGUAUUUCACUGUAUAAAGGUAGCAUAAUGUUAAUCCAUUCAUCACAAAGGACAUUGAAGUUGUUUUUAAUUUUUGCCUGUUGUGCAUAAAGCUCUUGAGAACAUAUAUGUAGUGAGUUUUAUAUGAACAUAAAAUUUUUAUUUCUCUAAUUGCCUGAAAAGUUAUUGCUGGGAUGUCUGAUAAAUGCAUGGUUAACCUUAUCAGAAACUGCCAAACAAUUAAAGAAUAGAUAAUACCUGCCUUAUACGAUCUUUUCCAGAAAAUACAGGAGGUAGGAAUACCUCCUAACUCAUUAUAUGAGACCAGUGUUACCUUUAUACCAAAAUAAGAAAACAAGAAAAAAAAUUACAAUAAAUGAGAACUACAGACCAAUACUUUCAUAAACAUAGACACAAAAUAUUAGAUUGAAUGUAUUAGAUCAUUAAAUAUGAAAUGUCCAUUUUCAAAUCAAAGGCUUAGUGUAUUAUAUCUCAAGAAGCAGUACAAUUAGUCAAAGUGUGGGCCUAAACUAUUGACGUAGUUUUGCCAUCUUAUUAGUAGAUUGUUUAUGCCAGCAGUGAAGAAUCCUGGAGAUGGAGUGGAGGUGAAAUCAUGAAAAGCCUUUUCCAAAGCUUGUUGAACAUUAAAUAUUUUUCCUUGUAUAAAGUGGUCCAAAGCCUGGAGGAAGUGGUAGUCAGUAAGGUCUGGUGAAUAUGAUGGAUAACAGAAGGUCCAGCUUCCAUAGAUUGAGCAGCAUUGUUUGUAGAACAGUGUUUACUUGCAAGAGGAUUGGCCUGUCUCUACUGACCAACAUGGGCUGCUUAAUAACAAACAAGUUUCAUCCAGUUGGUUGCAGUAGACAUUACUAUACUCAAUUGACCAGGUUUCACGAAACUUAGUGAACCAUACCAACACUAGACUGCCAAAUAGAAACCAUUAGCUUUUUUUGAUGAAUAUUUGGUUUGAGGCUAUGUUUGGCACUUCAUCUUUAUCCAACCAUUGUGCCCAAUGCUUGCGAUUCUCAAAAAGAAUUCAUUUUCAUCACGUUGAAUGAUACGGUAUAGAAAUGGUUCAUCUUAAUGUUGUUGACAGCAAAGAAAGGUAAACUUAGACCAUUUCUCCUAACUCUCAUUUAAUUCAUGUAGAACCCAUCUAUUCAGUUUCUUUACCUUGCCAGUUGAUUUCAAAUUGUCCAUUGUUGGAAUAAUAACAUCAAACCUUGCUGCUAAUUCACAGGUAGGUUGAGAUGGAUUCUCUUCUGCUAUAGCUUUCAGCUCAUCAUUAUCCACCUCGCUCUUGGGUCAGCUGUGUGGCUCAUUUUCAAGAUUAAAAUCACCAGAAUAAAACUUCUCAAACCACUGAUGUACCAUGCAUUCAUUAGCCACAUCCUUCCCAAACAUUUUCUUAAUAUUUGGAGCUAUCUGUGCUGUAAUGGUUCCACGAUGGAACUUAUUAUUCAGAAAUAGCACAGAUUUUUGACUUAUCCAUGGUUUCACAAAAAUUGCUCUUAAAAAUUUUUAAAGAUACUCAUAAGCCAAAAUGUGUGUUUGAAAGAAUGAGAAUGUAUCUUCACAAUUAAAAAAAAAGUGUCAAAGUGAAAUGUCAGAUAUCAAUUGUCAAACAGUAGUACUUAAGGAAAUCAGACAUUUCAUACUAACCUAACAUAAAAAGAAUAAUACACUGCAACCAUGUUGGGUUUAUUCCAGAAAUUUGAGUAUGAUUAAGAGUUUGAAAAUCAGUGUUAUCCAUCACAUAAGGAAGAAAAUAAGAAAAUGAUUAUAUCAAUUGAUACAGAAAAACAUGAAAAAUUUAAUACCCACUUCUGAUACAAAAACCUCAGCAAUAGAAAGA